AUGAAGAAAGUUGCUCCCCAUUUCCUUCCUCCCCCUCGGCCACCCCCGCGCCCUGAACCCGGGCCCCGGAGGCCGACCCGGGGGUCAGAGCCCAGGCCCAGCGCUACGUGGACGCCUUGGCCCCGCCCCGCAGGGGGCUGCGCGGUGGGCGCCGAGAUCGCCGAGCGCGUUAGGGCGGAAAGGGGCGUGGACUCCAGAGACAGCCGCAGGGCGCGGACCUCAGCCCCUGCCCCGAGGAAAGUUUGUUUUUUGCUUCUCUCAGAUGUAAUAAAGGAACAGAAUCGAGAGUUGCGAGGUACACAAAGGGCUAUAAGCAGAGAUCGAGCAGCUUUAGAGAAACAAGAAAAACAGCUGGAAUUAGAAAUUAAGAAAAUGGCCAAAAUUGGUAAUAAAGAAGCAUGCAGAGUUUUAGCCAAACAGCUUGUACAACUACGGAAACAGAAAACAAGAACUUUUGCUGUAAGUUCAAAAGUGACUUCUAUGUCCACGCAAACAAAAGUGAUGAAUUCCCAGAUGAAGAUGGCCGGUGCAAUGUCUACUACAGCAAAGACAAUGCAGGCAGUUAACAAGAAGGUGGAUCCACAAAAGACAUUACAGACAAUGCAGAAUUUCCAGAAGGAAAACAUGAAAAUGGAAAUGACUGAAGAAAUGAUCAACGACACACUUGAUGACAUCUUUGAUGGCUCUGAUGAUGAAGAGGAGAGCCAGGAUAUUGUGGAUCAAGUUCUUGAUGAAAUUGGAAUUGAAAUCUCUGGAAAGAUGGCCAAAGCUCCAUCAGCUGCCCGCAGCUUACCAUCUGCCUCUACUUCAAAGGCUACAAUCUCCGACGAAGAGAUCGAGCGACAGCUCAAAGCUUUAGGAGUAGACUAGUCAAAAGCUAUAAUAUUUUGCUUAUUUAUAAUUAUUUAGUUAUAAUUAUAAACCAGGCAUAUUGCCAAUUCCUUUUAUGAAACACAUUUAUUUUGCAAAAAUGAAGACCAUGAGUGAACAGUUGUUUCCUAAGCCAUGGCUAUUUUGAGUCCUUUGCCAAAGAAUGACAGCGAUGCAACAUGGGAACAGUUUGGAUUUUAACUGGAACUGUUUAGGAGUGAUGAUGUGUAAAAAGCUGACGACUUUCCUGCAUGGCAUAGAGGAAUGAAUUCAUUACCUAGUGUAGUUUAUGUCUAACUCUUUUCACACUGAAUAAAAAAAUCUUGUUAAAUGCCACUAGGCACCAACCUAAAGAGUCUUGUAAAAAUAUUAAAAGUAUAUUAUUCUGUAUCUGUUGCUUGUCCUUUGUUAGCAAUAUGUGUUAUGACCAUAGGUGAGUUAGCUGCCAAAUUAUUUUUAAAUGGUCUGUAAAGAAGAGUGCUGUUUAAACAUCAGUCUUAAACAAAAACUGUCAUGAGCUUUCCUUUUUUUUUCUUUUUCUCCUUUGGGAAGACAUUCUAGUUGAUAAGUUUAUUACCUUCCGAAAUGCGCUUGGCACCUGCCUUAAACAGCACAAACAUUGUGCACAUCCUUAAAUUAUUUUAACUGACGGAAGAAAUCAAAUUUUAAACUAAAAUUGAGGCUCUUAUAAAAAUUAUCCAGGUUGUCUUUUGUAAAACUUAUAAAAGUGAAUUGAAUAUAUUAGCAAAAACAGACACUGAGUUAAUAACAUUGUAUAGUAAUAAAAUGAUAUAUUUUGGUCUUUCUUCCAAGAACUGAGGAGGUUUUUUCCAUGUGAAUUAUAAUUUAAUCUGUUUAAUUUUGAACUGUAUUAAUAUGUAUAUUGAGCUCUCUAAAUUGAAGCCAUCAUUCUCAAUUAAAUAACACUAUGACAAUACUCUCAAUUUUUAAAAAACAUUAGCACUUUUUUCUUGGUGAAUAAACUACAACUUUGUCAGAAA